AUGGCCUCCGUCGACCCUUUCGACUCGGCUCUCGACCUCCUCCGCCGUCUGAACCCGAAACACACGACCGACCACCUGAAUGCAAUCAUUUCCCUCGCACCGGAUCUGACGGAAGACCUCCUCUCGUCCGUCGACCAACCCCUCACCGUCAAGCGCUGUAAGCAGACGGGCCGCGACUACCUCCUCUGCGACUACAACCGCGACGGCGACAGCUACCGCUCCCCGUGGAGCAACCAGUUCGACCCGCCUCUGGAUGAGGGCGGCGUCGGCGGCGUCGGUGCCGGUGGUAGCGAGGGCGCCGGCGAAGGCGCGAUCCCCAGCGAGAGGGUCCGCAAGAUGGAGGUCAAGGCCAAUGAGGCGUUUGACGUGUACCGGGAUCUGUACUACGAGGGUGGUGUGAGCAGCGUAUACUUUUGGAACCUAGAUGAUGGAUUUGCCGGUGUGGUUCUCUUGAAGAAAUCCGCGACCCCCGGCGGAAGCGCAGAGGGCGUAUGGGACUCGAUCCACGUCUUCGAGGCCAUUGAGCGCGGCCGCACGACGCAGUACAAGCUCACAUCGACCGUCAUCCUUUCGCUCUCCACCUCGACCAACGCCCUGGGCGACAUGGACCUCAGCGGCAACAUGACGCGGCAGGUUGAGCAGGAGCUCCCCGUCGACGGCGACGAGAGUCACAUUGCCAACGUGGGACGGCUCGUUGAGGACAUGGAGCUCAAGAUGCGAAACCUGCUGCAGGAGGUCUACUUUGGCAAGGCCAAGGACGUCGUCGGCGACCUGCGGAGCGUGGGCAGCCUUAGCGAGGCUAGUAGGGACCGCGCGGCGCAGAGGGAGAUUAUCGGGAGCAUGCAGAAGUGA